AGAUAUUUUCCCCUCGUCAUCAUCUUUGUGAACCAUUUUUGCAAGAUGGGAACCGACGAUCUUCUGCCACCAGACGAGGUGGAGGACGAUGUGGAGGGAGACGGGGAAGAUGAAGACGAGGAAAGUCCUCAGAAGGAACAGCAGAUCGAAGUGAGACCCCGAAGGAAGAACCUGACGCAUGCGCAGUAUAGGGAGAAGCUUUUUGGGAAUGAAAAAGUGUAUGUGGUCAUCGGAGACAAACUUCGGCAGGUCAGGUCAGUGCUCGACGCAUGGGGAUGGGUGGAAAAUCAGCCGACGAAUCCGGUAUUUAAUAUCUUCCAGAUGAAGAAUCUUAAUAGUGAAGACUCUGAUACAUUAUCAUAGAGGACAGGAAUUAGACAUGUUCAUCUACAUGAACAAUCCCUACCAUCCAAGUGUUGUACUUCUUCAAUCAAAUGGUUGCUUCUAUCUUGAGACGAUUUAGGUUAAGGUGUGGUCCGUCCGUAGAGAAGUUAUAUCGUUACCUCAAGUAGAGCAUGCUGCUAUUAUCGUAGAUGAAGAAUGUUAGUGACUCUGAUACAUAGAGCACAGGAAUUAGACAUGUUCAUCUACAUAAUUACAACUCGAUGCCUCUCUCUAUGAUAUCAAGAAUAGUGUUGAUAUCCGUUCCAUCUUCUACAUUACCCCCGCAACAUUACAAUCUCAGGACGACCGCCUCGUGUUCGAUUUUUGUUGGUCCGGUCGUGCUGCUCGUGUAGAUGGCCUAUUCGGGUAUUUACCGCCUGCACAAUGCGUAAACCAUUUUCGAGGUUCCGGUCAAUUUGAUAGCAAAGCUGGCAUGCUUUUGUCACUCCGGAAAUGUGGAAAUUACGGAAAUGUCGUUGUGGAUGUGAUACUACUACUAGACUAUCAGUAUUAUCAUGGCCAUUACUACAAUAUCUGCACUUCUCUUUACCUACUAUCCUUCCUUUUUCUUUUCCUAGUUAGUUUGGCUCCACCCCAUAGUAUUAUCAGUUAGCAGGAUACUUCAGGAUACUUGUUGCUAGUUACCCUUUUCUCUUUUCUAUCUAUUCCUCUGGUCUGUCUUUUUUCUAGUUAGGUCGGCUCCACCACAAGUAUUAUCAAUAUCAGUUCUCUUAUACUGGCUGUAGUCUUACUGGUGGAGGUCUUUUGGCUACUAACUUGUUCAGCGGCGCGUGCAGCUGGAUUUGCACUUGCAGUUUGGAUGAGGUUCUUUGGGUUAGCACUUGAAAGUUGUAGUUAUGAGCCUGCUUCUCCAAAAUCUAUGACUUAUUCAUCUACGUAGCUAGUGUGAUAAUUUUCAUCUUCUGCCAAAACUACUACGACUACAUAACCACCAGAAGCCACCUCUAAUCUCAAGGUUGCCUGCACGAAUUUUACCCGCCUUCGUAUGACCUGCGGAGUUCUGCGGAGCUAGAGGCGUUUUUUUGCGAUGCUUUUUUCCAUCGCAUAGUCUCACAACGGCACACUAAAGCCGGCCGAUCCGUCUUACGAAGGCUACUAGAAAAACGACAGAGACUUUUGGCAUCUACUCUGAAGGAUGUCGCAGACAAAGCAGAGGCCGCCAAAAGGAAGAAAUCUCCAAGACGGUUGAGCAGUACAUUGGGGUCUCCGAGUAAGAACACUGCUGCGGAUGGUACGUCGAAUGCUGCUAGUGGGAGUGGCGAAACGACUGGGAAUGCCGAGAAUGAUAACAACACUGCCAGCACGACUGGUGCUGAGACAACUCCCGCCGCUGGUGAUGCACCAGAUGCUACAGGAGCACAACUUCAGGCUGUGCGUCCCAGACCUGUCAUACCAGUGGAUGGAAGCAUGGAAGAACAGAGGGAAGUCGCGAGAGCUCUGGUCAGUGAGCUCUUGUAUGGCUUCUCGGAGUUGGACCACAACGUUGAAGAAACUACUGCGGGAGAUCAUGACAACGUCAAUGGUACAACUUCGUCAACGACGGAAAAGAAGCCGCUUCUUCCGACCCUCGUACCCUUUGGAGAGGGUGUCAAUCCACGUGCAGUGAAUGGCAUCGAGGCUUGUGUCCACGAGUAUUGUUCUUUGUUCGAACAGGCGCAGAGGGGUCCAGUCGAUGACAUUCCAACCUACUUGGAAGCCACUGCGCGACCAUGGAUGACCACGUACCUGGAAAGCUGCAUCAGUUAUGGAUAGACGGGAUUUCGUUGAGUACUAACGCCACCGUAGAAGCAACGGAUCACCACCUUCACAGCUUUUUCAACAUGAUCAGCGGAAUCCGUAGAACUCAGAAGAGACUCAGGGAGUUUGUAGGUCCAAUCCGAACUACCGACUAACAUCAUCAAUCUCUGUAAGAGAACACUAAAAAGAGCCUCCUCCCACCUCUAAUUGCGCCGUUGCAGUUGCUGUGUCACGGAGCAUCAGCUUAGGAUCGAGCAAAGCACUAGUGGACGAGUCUGCGUCUUCGGCAAGGCGAUUCCGCCAGUGGACCGGAACGGUAACCCGAUGCCAGGAUACAAAGAAGUCGCUCUCAGUAACGCCAAACAGAACAACAGCGCUUCUGGCCAGCAGGAGAAAGAAACACCAGUGGACGACUAUUCUUCCCCACGCACAUCACCCAAACGUGGCAGCGUUGCCAGUGUCGUUAGCGCAUUGACCGAAGCAGCCAGUGGGAAUAGCAAUUAAGGCUCAAUGCAAUUCAUUACUACAACGAGUCGUUUCUCGCCAUUUCCUUCUCAGAGUUGGGAGAAAUGAAGGCAAGAAAUGAAUUGAAAUUGUUUUGAGCUCUAAAGUAGUGUAGUUGUCCCUGGUAUGACUUUCGGGAGUAGCCCGAAAGCUCAUGGCAGGCAAUCCGUUUCGCGCGGUGCCGCGUCGCCCACAGAAAAGCGGUCUUCACUAGUGAAGAAAGCAAGGGAGUCGCUCUUGUAUAGGGAGAAAGACGAUUUUGUCCGGAAAGUCUGCGAGACCAUGCAUGCUGGUUGUGAGCAGGGAACAGUUAUGAAAGUUAUCUCUAAAAAGACCGUUGUAGAGAUGGUUUUGUUUCUUUGCUAGAAAAAAAUUUCAAUUUGGAUAUUGACUGGAAUCUACUUCUGCUCAAUGAAUACUAGUAGAGAUCAAAGUUAGCACAACGUCGAUUACACAACUGCAAGUGCAUCACGACUCUAAUACCAACGCUAACUCCAAGUCGAAGACCAAAGGCGAUUCGUCAGAGCAAGGUUUGAAUCAGAGCAGCACAACACUCGGGUCUGGGGAUGAUCUGACCUCGACAGGCAGUAUUGUAGCUGUCAGUAGUCCUCGUCGACGCAGCAGCACCACUACCGGAGGAAAAUCAGGCUCGUCAAAAUCUCCGCAACGUAAGAAAAAGUCCAAGCACAAAAAGAAAAAGAAGUCGAAAAGUCCGAGUAGAAGUAGCACAAAGUCACGCAGUUCCAAAAGCAAGAACAAGGGGCAGGAUGACGGUGCAAGUAGUACUGCUGGCAACCCUCAGGAUGUGGAUGAUGCUGCUUCGUUGCUGGACGAGUCUGAAGGAUCGUUGUCAUCAGAAGACGAGGCGCAAGAGACCGAUGUCGAAACAGUGGCCUCUGGAGUCUCAGAUUCGUCGAAGCGCAAGCUUGGGGAAGAAGAAGAUGGUGAGAACAAGAAUAGGGAAGUGGCGGAACAACCUGGUGCAGGGAAUCAUGCUAAUGUUAAGACUUCUAGUUUCUAGAACUCCUGCACGUGUAGUCGCGUUUUCAGAUGAGACUUUCUCAAACUGCACCACAUCUUGCAGGAAAGUCAUGAUGAACCGACUAGUUUUUAUGAGCCGCUCUAAGAAUGUCCUCGACCUCGCAGCCAGUAGUGACGACAACGAGGACGAGGACAUCGACGCUGUGACCGAAGCAGGCAGUGACGUAGAGAACGAGUAUGAGGAGUACACACUCCCUUCUCCGUUGUUAGAGGAUAUGAAGCUAGGAGAAUUAGUAGCUGGACCUGAAUCAACGGCUAGCGGAGGCUCCUCAACUUUAGACAACACUCUGAGCAGUUGUUGUGGUGACGACAUAGUACGUUCUUCUUCUUUGGUAUCAUCAUCUUCGGGAGUACUAGGUGGGACAGUAGAAUCGCCUACGAGUCGCGCUGCUGGUGGAGAUAAGAAGCAGAACAACAACAAAGUGGUAAGUAGUCCUUCGUCAAAGAGUACAACUAAAAAGGCCAAUGGAACUUCAUCAACUUCAUCUUCGGCUGAUUCUAUUUUUCCUUUUGCAGCUAGCAAUGAAACUGAGGAAAAAAGGCAGAAAGAAUACGAAGCAACCUGGAAACAGGAUGACGAGAAGGAAGAGAAGGGGAGACAAUACCGUUUCAUCGAACAUAUCAAGGACAUCUUCAAGUACAACGCAUCGCAGGUGGUGGCGGACUCAGAUAGGAUAGACCAACUCUACGACUACUGGUGCGCACACGACGAGCGGAUCGAGGCGCUGCGUUACUCGAAGGCGUUGUGGUCUAAAGGAUUUCUGGCUCCGGAAACCUACUGCGCAAACAUGGCAAGUGGGAGCGUACUCGCCUAUUUUUUUUGAGUUGGUUAUCGGCUUAUAGUUCUUUGAUGAUGUAGUGCGAGAUAAUCAUAAAAUUUACUCAAAAAGUAGAAAAUUGCAGUCUUAUUUUCUAGUGGAAGAUGUUGAAAAUGAUAGAAUCUUCUUGAUCAGUGUCCUCUCUACUUCGCAGUCACCAAUUUAAUAGAAUAUCCCCACGACAAUGACCAGCAGUCUGCAGACGACGAGAGACGUCGGCGAACCGAGGCAGCACGUCAGCGAUCGGAGUACAAUGCACGACUGGGAGUACUCGACAAUGAGUACACAGAAGAAGACGCCUAUCUGGAUCUGCUCCUGGAUCAGAUGCCACGAUCUUUCCACACAUUUUACGGCGAUGCUGCAGCCUAUAUCUUCAAGUCACCACAUUUGUCGCGAGGUCGCGGGUUAAAGGUCAUGACCUGUCGAGGAAAGCUCAGGCCGAUGUUGGAAGAAGCGUACUUAAUACAAUUGUUGUUACAUGAUCAAUUGUGAAGAUUUUUCCUCCUUAGCAAGCGGCAGAACAACUAGAAGAUCAACUAACAGCAAGCGCCAACUUGUACGAGAAGCUCUUCAAGUUGUACAGGGCCAGUAAAGUAGCUCUACCUACUUAUAAAUCUUUUCAUGUACUACUACAUGGAUGUGGUGCUUGUGAUUUCGAGACUCUCGUUCCAUGUCGGACUCGUAGGCUUCGAUCAAAUUCUGAAAUGACAAACAGGUACUCCCGUUCCGCUCUCAACCAACGAUGGUUCUGCAUCGUCCAGAAGUAUCUGGAGAAGCCGUUUCUGUGCGAUUACAAGGGCCAUUGCGUAAAGUGUGACUUGCGUCUCUGGGUCGCCUGUCUCAAUUGGAAUCCAUUGGUGGCGAUAGUCCAGCACCAACCUUACUUUCGUUUGGCAACGAAACCGUUUGGAUUUUCGAGAUGGCGACAGGAUCAGAGAGCGCACUUGACCAACAGGACGAUUCAGGAGGGGAAUGGAGAGGUAGUUCUUGAACUUGUUGACUUGGUUGUUUGAGUGCUACAAUAUUUAUACAUAGGCUCAUGAUUCGGACGCGCUUUUCUAUUUUUUAUUGUUGACUACGUACUCAACCUCAAGCUCAACGAACAAGUUGGUAGCUAUCGGCACGUACGUAGUCCAGCAACUUUAACCCCGAAGUAAAUGUCCACCAGGUCCGCGUCUCCGAAGAAGACGACCCUGAUUACCAGUUAGUUUUCGACGACUUUAUGGCUUACCUCGAAAAGAACUAUGGUCGCAGUUGGGUGGAGCGGUGGGAGAAAUUCACGUGGCCAUUGAUGUUAGAUGCAACGCGUUGUGCACUCCUUGCCAGUCAAGACGCCGUCGUACAUGCGCAUUACACCUAUACGAAGAAGGCAGCGACGCGACUGGCAUCGGUAGGUCGUAAUUUGCAGGAUGGUCCAAAAGCUUUCGAGUUGUACGGGAUCGAUUUCUCCUUGGAUUACGAGCUGCGUCCUUGGUUGCUGGAAGCCAAUUGUGGUCCAGAUCUUCUAGGCCACUCUGGGCCUAUGUUGAAACAGCAAGCGCGAACAGCCUUAGACGAGUUGUUUACGAUCGUACUCAAGGAGCCACGCAGUGUCCCGGUAAACGCCAUUCCUCAUGUUAAGGCAUACCUAACCCUAAACCCUAAGGUUUACUCUUUAAGCCAUCUUGGGAAGCAUCCUGGAGAGGCUUUUCUUGGUUUAGCCAUCUUGGGAAGCAUCCUGGAGAGGCUUUUCUUCAAGGAGAAAAGGGGAACAACAGAAUCAUCAUCAUGGAUGUAUUGGAUGAGCUCUAACACUGGCGCCGUAGCGCCUAACGUCACCAGGCAGAAAGUCUGCUGUGACGAUCCCAAUUGCUUCACGAGACACGGCGUCCAACUGGUGCCGCCAGCGUUGGUCACGGGAUGGCAAGUCGGAGACAAGAAAUGGAGUUGGUUUUUGAAGGCACCGCGCAUGGAACCAGAGGUGCUGGCAGACCAGUUUGCCAGACGAAAGGCAGAGGAAUGGUCGAAGCGGGCGCCUUAUGCGACGAAGAAGUCGGCGACGAACGUUAUGGACGAGGGAGAUUUAGUUUUCAGAUUUGGAACAGCAACAAAAAUUAUAGUGGUGGUCAAUUGCAAUGUUGAGACUGCAACACAUUUUUCUAAGUGUAGCGGUGGAGCAGUUUUGGGACACGAAGCGGUCAUUCGUAAGCUGCUUUUGGACACGCCGUUUGUGAAGGAGACUCCUGUCGAAAAGAGUCCGUCACCUAAGGGCAAGAAAACGUUUUCUACUUCGCGAAGUCGGACAAGCCUACUAGCUGCAGGGUUGUUUGGACGAGCUGGCAGUUCGACACUAGCCGCUGCUGCAGCUGGUCAGAAAGCAGAAAGCAAUAGGGGAAGUCUGGUGAGAAGUGAGAGUACUACUAAUGGUGCCGUGGCAGGAGAGGCUGCUCAACAGGAAGGAGCUUCCGCUGCAGGAGAUGGUGCAAAUAACCAAGCGGAAACACAGGAGAAUCUACUAGAACAUCAAGGCGUUGAGAGACCAAGUCCUCAGCAACUCCGUAGCGAACUUCUCUCUGGGAUCCAGGAGGCGAGUAGUUAUGCUGGUGAAGUUCUACGUGCAUCGAAAGAGAGAAUGCGCCUUUUAAGCGAUCAUCUCGCAGUAGAGGAAGUAGCUACGCAACACAGCAUGUCUGUCUACAACAACUUCUCUCAGGCGCAUGGGUACAGCGCUAGGAGCAACAUGAACAUGAUCGUUGGCUCGCCUGUCGUGAUGUCACAGCAGCACCAACUACUCAGUAGUGCUGGUAAUCUACAUCAUGGAUCAGUGGUCACGGCAAACGCUGGAUCAACAUCUCCUGUCCAACAACAACAUCAAGGAUCGUCCUCGUCUUCUACGAUCUACAACUGGAAAAAGGGAGGAUUCGACGAGCCGCCUAGUGGUUGGCUAGUACAUGAUAAGGAUCUACGGGAAAGAUAUCGUCAUUUGUUCCCGCAGACCGACCACAUGGCAGGGGAUGCAACAUCUUCAAGCCCAGCAGGUGGACAUCUUCAAGGUACAACUAGUCCCCAUGGAAAACAAGGUAGUGGAGCAGAUGGUGCAGUCCGACAACUCUACACGAAGGCUGCUCAAGGAGCUAGCGACCGAUUCGGUAUGAUCGAACCAGCGGCAUUGCUACAGGCUCACGGCAGUGUCGUGGAACAACAACAGGUAGCUAGAAUGACGGAGAACAAUGGAGGCGCUCUCAGUGCGUCUUCCUCUUCUGUGAGUACUGGCGUGAGUGCGUCCCCUUCUUUGCCGGUUGGUGUGAACAAUCUCGUGGCCGCAGGUCAGAACGGACAGCCGGCGCAUCAAUUAAACGUAAAUAUGGCCGGAGGUUGGCACAUGCAAGACCCAAAGCGGGACAUCAGACAGAGGCUGGUAGAGCAAAAGCACUACGAUGCUGGGAUAGCUAGACUCUACAAUUCUAGCUCGGCUGCUGCACGUGGAAAUAAGCAAGCUGGACGAACAGAACGACAUCAACGGGGAAGUCCCUCAGGAGCAAGUGGGAAGAAGAAUCGAGCUGGAACAGGACUCUUCAACGAAAUCAUGGAGAGAAAUGAACAACAGAGCCAUACUAGUGUGGGCUCUCCUUCCAUGGACAAUCCUGAGACGACUCCUGUGCUUUUUGAUGUCAGUGUCUUUACCGGCAGCCCAGUCACAUCGCCUGUGGUGGAGUUCCUUGGCAGUAGUCCUUUAAGUGGUCCCGGUUGCGAUUUUAACGGAGGUUCGCCGCACAGGAUGGCCUCACUAAUCGCCAACCUGCCUGAUGACGUGAAUAAUGUGAAUGUCGGCGUCGCUGGUUCUCCGUCUCGCACGAACUCUUUCACAGCGCCAGGCUCUGCUUGGGCGCCAAUUGCUGCAACAGAUGAACAUGGUGCGACUGCAACUUCGCACUACUCGUCUGGAAUCCAGAUGAUGUCCUCGCACUCACCACACCAACAUGCGGCCUACAACAGCAACUAUGCUAGUAACGGACGGGGCGCUGCAGGACCGACUAGCAAAAAUGUUAGAAGUCCCUCUCAUGGUUCUCAACAUCCUAAUCAACAUGUUAUCAAAGGUUCUCCUGCCUCCGGAGCACAACAUCAACAACAAGGUGCUUUAGGGACUAUCAUGGUGACCAACGCGGCGUCGUCCUCUAGUGUUCGAGAGUCGGGGUUUACGAUUUUGCCUAAGGUUGAUCAAACUUCUCCCAGACGCUCUCCCUUGUGGAAAAAAGCACCGAAGAAGAGCACGAGUGGCGUUCUGCCAACUUGGAAAGGCUAUAACCAGGGACAACAUCUUCAAGGUGGUAGCGAGGAGCACCAGGAGAUGGUGAAACGUGAACCGUAUCGAGAUCAUCAGAUGGUGACAAACUAUCAGCAAGGCAACCAUACCAAUGCGAGCAUCAACACGGCAUCUAGUCAGCAAUACCUUCAACAACAAGGUGGAAAUUCACAUAUGUAUUCCCCGUCUGCUGCGCGCAAGAAGGCAGAUGCAUGGACACCGAUUUUGAUGCUCGGAGGAGCCCGUGGUAACGACGGUCAACAAAUGAGAAGUCCCCCUCGUGCGGCAGUGGCGUCACCGUUGCAACGUGCUGGGCACAUCGGUGCGCUGGUCGCUAGUAGUAACUCUUCUGCUCCUGGUGCUUCGCCUGCAAGUGGCGCUGCACCGCUUAGCGUGUUUGUGGAACAGCAGCAAAGGCAACUCGUGGUUAUGGCGAAGGCUUAGACUUACUUUGAUUAUUAGUUUGCACUUAUGUUUGAAGUAGUCUUCUAUUCUCUACCUUCUGAGCUUCAGCGUGAUGAAGAUGGUACUUACAACGGCUGUUGCUCUCUCUUGUUUGUUGAUUUGCGAUGAUUAUAAUUUGAUGCAGUUAGAAGUUUCUUUCUAGUGAGUGACUGAGAAGCGCUACAUCAACCUCUUCUAACCUGCAACAGCAGCAGCAUCAUCAUGCCAGUUCCACGACUGGCAGUCCCCGUGCAUCACGCUCUAUGCUCCAACAAGGCAGCUCUAAUCAUGAAGAUCUCAACAGGCAAGGAGCGACGAGGUCGCCUGCCAGUCCCAUAGUGAAUAAGAAGAGCCGAAGCAAGAUCGUUAUUGAUUGCCAGCAGCAAACGUCGAUGGAGAGUGGAAGCAAGGAGGCUGUUGAGGUGAACAUGGCAGGAUCGUCGGUGCUUUCGCCGUCGGGGAAAAAGACACGCAGCCGCAGACAUUAUGGCAUCACUUAGGCUGUGUUGAAGUCGAAAGACAUAAGAAUACAACUUGUCCUUCUAAGUACCUCUGGUACUCGUGUAUUCCAAGUAUGUCGGCUAUGCCUGCUAGAUCCUUGAGGUUCUCUUUUUCCUUAGACAUGAUGAAUUUGCGACUCCAGGAUCGUGCUUUUCUCCAUGUCUUAAGGAUAGCAAUUAUCCUUCUUCUUCUAACCAAUCGGAGCUUUGAAGGAAUCGGGUGAGCAUCCUCAGAAGAGUCCGACUGAUCGGACCGAACAGCGAGAAAUUUUGCACUUAGCCGCAACUUCCACACCCAGAACCUUCAGGGAUAAGAUUCUGCGGAGGACGGUUGACAAGCAGCGCCGACAAGUCUAUGAGGUGCCUGAAGACUGCACUAAUAUCGCGGAGUUGAGUGAAGCUGUCUUUUGAUACUAUGUAUAUCGUGAUAAAACGAAGGCAUCAGGACGAAUACGGGGAUCGAGAGUACUUUAAUGGAGAGGACAGCGACAGCGAUUAUCGUCCGUUAAUACCGUUAGAUCUUCAUCUGUUUGCUCUAUCCUUGGUGGUAUUUCCUGUACAAGAGCCAUAUAAUGUUGUUGUUAGAUAAUCGAUUAGCAUUCCAUAGUAUGAAGUAUUUGUUGUAUGUGAACAGUAUGAACAGUCUAGCAGACGUAUUUGGUUGUCGUUUUUGCACAGUAAUUCAUCAGUAUCAGUAGUUGCUAGCGAAAGCGAGCAUAUUAAAGGUUCUGACUGUUACAAGAAGGUGAAUGUCUCCUAAUGUCGACUGAAUGAAGUAAGUGUCGAUAGAGUCGCGAGUAGUAACACAUUCGCAAGUAUAUGAUUGAGUUUGAGAGGUAUUUUUAGUCUUACAGUUAGAGAAAAGUCAUUCAUCAUCGGCAUUCCUAUAGCUUCAGUAGUGUAUAUUCAACAUAAUUAGGAGAGAAUUUUUCCAUUUUGUAACUCUUGGUAUUAUGAUCAUCUAUCGUCAAGUACAAGGCAAUGCAUAAGCCGAAAUUAUCCGAAGUAUAAGGAGUAUCAUCAUUCACAGUAAAAAAGUUGAUGAAGUAGAGUAAAUCUCUCUAGGAGACUACAGGUGGAGGUUGAUAAUGAGUUACCACUUCUAGGAUAUAGAAUAUCACUCACAUGUUCUGAGAUAUAGAAAUUGUAGAUUGGAGAAAAACUUGAAAGGCUCACGCUAGGCUUUACGCUUCCUCUCACCAUCCUUUUUGGAUCUUUUCAGGACUCUUUUCUUUAGUCUUGACCAUGGUUGAGGAUAACGUUAAAGAAGUUUUAUAGUACUACCCAUUUUUGUUCUUGUACCUGUAAGAUACGUCCAUUGGAAGAGGAUCAAUUUCAAGAAGUACAUAGAAGUAGUUGAAUAGCGGUAGUGAAAAACUGUAGAGGACAGAAAGAAUGAAUGAAAGAAUGAAAUAAUCAUGUCUCUGCGUACACCUCACAACUGUAU